GUUCGCUGUGUUCUAUAAAUUGAGGGCGUAGGUCAGUGGAGAAUCAGUUCCAUUUUGAGCCGCCAAGCGAAAAUGCUUUCGAAACCGCAACUAUUACUGCUCGUUGUAGGGCUCUGCCUGAAUGCAGCCGUUUUUGCCGACGUGGACUGCAGCAAGCGACCGCCUUUUGUGAGUCCCAAAACCUGCUGUCCCAUGCCGGACUUCGUAACCGCCGAGUUAAAGCAGAAGUGCAUAAAGUUUGACAUGACCCCGCCGCCACCUACGGAUGGGGAGGCCAGUGGAUCCUUUGAGAGCAAGCGUCGCCACCAUCAUCCCCACCCACCACCUUGCUUCUUCUCGUGCAUCUUCAACGAGACUGGCAUCUACCAGAACCGGAAUCUCGACCAGGACAAGCUAAAGAGCUAUCUGGAGGUGGUGUUCAAGGACAGCUCCGGCCUGCAGACCACGGCCACGCAGGCCUUCACCACCUGUGCCACCAAAAUUGUGGAGUUCGAGGCCAACUUGCCUGCUCGUCCCGCGCCCUCUCCGCCACCGGGAAUGCCCACGUGUCCCCACGACGCCGGUCACCUCAUGGGCUGUGUGUUCCGAAAUCUCAUGAAGAACUGCCCGGACUCGAUCCGAAAUGAUUCCCAGGAGUGCAGCGAUAUGAAGGAGUUCUUCACCAAGUGCAAGCCCCCACGUGGACCUCCUCCGUCCGCCGAAGAGAUGUGAAGCACCCAAGAAACCCUCUUUGUCUGAAAACCCGCAAUGGAUAUACCUCUCCCAAGCCAAACGUUUUAUAUUUGUCAACUUACCGCAAUAAACACUUAAAGCUCAA